UUCAUUAAUUGUUCUUCUCCUUACUAAACCCCAAUUACGAAAAUGGUUCUUUCCUCAUAUUCUAAGAUCCUCCUCGCCUGCUCCGUAUGCCUAUUUGCCUGUUCGGCAUUUGCUCGCGAUUUCUCCAUCGUGGGGUAUUCGCCGGACGAUUUGACGUCCAUGGGUAAGCUGAUUGAGCUGUUUGAAUCGUGGAUGUCAAAACACAACAAAAGCUACGAGAGUAUGGAGGAAAAGUUGCAUAGAUUUGAGAUUUUUAAGGAUAAUCUGAAACACAUCGAUGAGACAAACAAAAAGGUUAGUAACUACUGGCUUGGAUUAAAUGAGUUUGCAGAUUUGAGCCACGAAGAGUUCAAACAGAUGUAUCUGGGACUGAAGGCUGAUCAUGAUCAGCUGCCUAAGAAGAGUCAGUCUCCCAAAGAAUUUACUUACGAAGAUGUCGUGGAUUUGCCAAAGUCUGUGGAUUGGAGGAAGAAAGGGGCUGUCACUCCCGUCAAGAACCAAGGCUCGUGUGGCAACUGCUGGGCCUUCUCGACCGUAGCCGCAGUAGAGGGCAUAAACAAACUGGUUACAGGAAAUUUGACUUCUCUGUCCGAGCAAGAGCUGAUUGAUUGCGACAAAACCUACAACAAUGGCUGUAAUGGGGGUCUCAUGGAUUAUGCGUUUGCUUACAUUGUCGCUAAUGGUGGAAUUCACAAGGAAGAGGACUACCCUUAUCUCAUGGAAGAAGGCACUUGUGAGAUGAAAAAGGAUGUAUCGGAAGUAGUGACCAUCAGUGGCUACCAUGACGUUCCCGUGAACAACGAAGAAAGCCUGUUGAAGGCACUUGCAAACCAACCCCUGAGUGUGGCUAUUGACGCUUCUGGCAGAGGCUUCCAAUUCUACAGUGGCGGGAUCUUCGAUGGCCGUUGUGGAACAGAGCUAGAUCACGGUGUGACUGCGGUUGGAUAUGGGUCAUCAAAGGGUGUGGAUUACAUCAUUGUGAAGAACUCUUGGGGACCAAAAUGGGGAGAGAAAGGUUAUAUAAGGAUGAAGAGAAACACUGGGAAGCCUGAAGGGCUAUGUGGAAUCAACAAAAUGGCUUCUUAUCCUACUAAAAAGAUAUAGAAGAUCGAAGGGAUAACCAAGGACUUAAUUGGUUCUAUAUAUAUAUAUAUAUAUAUAUAUAUAUAUAUAUAUAAUAUUGUAGAAUAAUAAAACGCCUUUAUUAAUUCUAUGUUUAACCGUACUCUAUGUAAACUAAUCUUCUUUCUCAAUCACUGUAUAACUGUUACGUACGUGAUACAAAAAUUCGACGUGAUAAAUCAUAUAAUUUAAAUUUUAUUACCAA